AUGGCAUCCCCCUCGUCUUCAAAUGCCUUGGUCAAGCGACCGGACAACCAGUUGAUGCCACCGCCUCCCGCUCCCAAACGAAUCAAACGUCCCGCAACCGUCUUAGACGAAGACGUCUACACGAGCGCCCUCUCCCACAUUAUCGCCCGCGAUUUCUUCCCCGGUCUCCUCGAGACCCAGGCAAAACAGGAAUAUCUCGAUGCGCUCGACUCAAAAGACAAAGCAUGGAUCUCAAGUGCCAAGAAACGACUCGCAGAUGUGAUGCGAACCCCCACGCCGGGCUCAAACGCCAGGCGAAAGACUCGCAAUGGAUCGAUGGCGGGCACCCCCGUUCAUUUCCCUGCGAGUCGGAGCGACGAGACUCCUCGUGGAUGGGCCGGGGAUACUCCCAUGUCUGUUGCGUCGACUGCGACCUCUACGUCGACCAUCAAGGAUAGCGUUAUUCCCGACGUGUCCCACAUGGGCUUGACGGCCUUCCAGGCCAAAUAUACCAGUGAAGACAACGAGUCAUUUAACAAAGUCCUGGACAAGCAAAACACAAAGAAACGGGAAAACUACGCUUUUCUCUGGAACAAUAACAAGAUCCCUUCGGCCCGGCAGAUUGCUCACCAUAAGCAAGAGAUCAAGCGCAUCACUGCACAAGGUGGCAACCCACAAACAAGCCUCAUUAAGCAAGUCGAUGCCGACGCCGAUGCCGACGCCGAACAUCUCAUCAAGACAGAUCUUGACGCUCGACCAGCGAGGCCCGAUGCCUGGAAAUUCCGUCCGGACAACGGGCUCAUGUUCCUCCCGCCUUCUAUUGAGCAUACCCACGAGACCCUUCAACAGCAGGCCGAAAUCGCCUCGCGCGCCGGUCCAAAGCGAACACUCUAUCAAAACACCCGCCUUCUCGAUCAUGACGCCGCUGCUGCCGCAGACGCCGCCGCAUCUUCAAUCCCACCAUCCCCAGCCCUCACCGCGAUCAAAGAUGCCAUCGCUGGCCGUCCACACCUCGGCGAAUCCGAAGCCUCUGCAAUUCCAGGCGGCGAAACACCUCGCGUUAAUGGCUACGCCUUUGUUGACGAAGAUGAACCCGAGCCUGACUAUGGGCCCGAGACGUCCUCCGCCGACGAUUACCAGGCAGACUGGCGCCUUCUAGGAUCUUCAUCCGACACAACGCCCAAUCCGUUUCAAAUUGGCGAGACGCGCAAGCGCGAGGCUCUGCAUCACCGCAUGGUGGAUCGUGCAUCGCGGACCAAGCGUGCUGAAAAGGCUGCUCAGACGUUGAAAACGCCGGUGACAAACACACCACGCUUUGCUAGUAGUCCUCGGAUUGACUUUGGGCUGCGCGGAACCCCGGUUGGUGCUGGCGUGGGUUCAGGGCCGAGUGCGGGCGCGAGAACGAAGAUGUUGACGCCUGCCGCGCAGAAGCUUUUAUCGCAGGUUGGUGGAAGUACACCGCGAGGGUCAGGGAGUGGAUCGACGGGCAAGUCUGGGUUGGGAAAUUUGUGGACUCCUACGCCACGGCGGAAAUAG